AUGGGCCACAUUCUUCAAAACAGUCCCCGUCAAUUUCGUGAUCUUCUUAUCUUAGAAACUAUCCACCAGGUUCCGGUUUUCCGUGCCUAUCAAAAAUUUGUCAGAAAAUUUGGACAGGAUUCAAUGAGUUAUCAAGACUAUGAGUUUUGGUAUAUGAGAUUUCUCAGAGGAGAGUAUAGUAUGGAUUACGAUAGGAGCCAAGACCCGAAAACUCGGUCACUGAUGGAUAUGCCGCUAGAGAUUAUGGAGCAAAUUGCAGGCGGUCUCAACAUUCGUGAAAAAAUGCGCUUGCGAAAAGUGUGCGGAAACCUUCGAACUUUCAUCGACACAACACCAUCAAAUUUCAUAAAAAUCCUAGUCAGAUUUGAAUCAGAAAGGACAAGACUCUGGUUGGAUGACGGCACCCAAAAGUUGGAUUUACGUCGACCAGAUAGAGUUGCGGAAUUCGAACAUUUUUCGGUUCUAUAUGAUUCGAAGGCGACAUGGAGUAUGCUCGAGGAGCUUAAGGAUGACGACUGUCUCGUUCGUGUUCACAGACAUCGGGAUAAGAUAGUCCCCAAGGCGAUUCACUGGGAAAUGGCUAUGUAUAAUAUGUUUUUUGCACUCAAAAAUCAGAAACAGGUGUUAGAAGAGAUCUCCAUUGAGAACAAGUCAUUGAGCAACUUUGAGGAAUUCGAGACAAGAUUGAAGUGUCUGAAACGGAAAAUUCGUGUGAAGAAAGUCAAGAUUGUCACACAUUACUCUAAUGAAGAGAGUAUGAUUUUACCAUACAUCGAUCCGGAGACUAUUGAGGAAUUGGAAAUUGAGAUGAAAGAUUGGAAAGUCGAAUUGAAAUCAGAAGAGGAUUACAAGGAGAGAAUUCGGAAGAUUGUGGAGACGGAGACUAUGCUCACCUCACAAGUCCAACAAUGUGUCCAACUGAGCUGUCCAUCUGUUCCGUGGGAAUGGAUAAUGUGUUUACUGGAAAGAGAAUUUGAUGCGAUUAAAAUCAAUUCGUCCUUCUAUCGUAUUCCCAUUCCAAAUAGCCGCCAGUUCUUUGAGAUUAUCUUGCACCCGACAGAAAUCAAAAUCACCCGGGUUGAGAAUUGA